GACGUCUGCCAGAGAGUGUACAGGGGGAGGAGUCUGUUCCUCUAGCCUUGCGAAAGGGGCGCCGCCCGCCGCCGUCACGUGCGCCAGAAGCCAGCGAGUUUUUGCUGGGCGCGUGCGUGUACCCGCAUGUGACACCAGAAUGAAAUACUAGUGCACUGUCACUGGAAACCAGAUAAGCCAGAGGAAAGAGCACGCGAGAUGGCCGAUGCCGACCAGAACGUGCGCACCGACCCGGUGGGCGCUGAGUCGCCGGCAUCAGCCGACACCCCGGAGCAGGCAGCCGCGCCGGCUGUGUUUGCACCGGCGGCGGCCGGCGCUGUGUCCGGCUCCCGCCCCUCCGCCAGCCCCGCCGUCCGGCGUCUGGCCGAUCGGCUGGCCGCCAUGUUCGCACCGACCAGGAAAAAAGUGGUGGAGCGGCAGCACACGGUGGAGACGACGAGUGAGUCUCAGCGCAUGGUGGCGCUGGUCGGAGCGCCGCAGCCGGCGCGGACCGGCGAGGCGGACCCCGAGCGCGCCGGCGACGCGUCCAGCCGGCCCCUCUGCAGACUCUCCAAGACGAAGAUCAUCAUAGCUCUGGUGGCGUUGGUUACGUUCCUCGUGAUCGUGGUCGCCUCGGUGGCGCGCCACGUGACGGUGGAAAGCAAUCGACCCCGCUUCCUCUGGGACGCCACGGCCAGCAUCGUCGAUGGCGAGCACGUGGAGACGAUGGCCUCCUGCGGUCGGGUCCGAGGCCGGGUGGAGGAGGAGGCGUUCGUGUUCCGCGGCGUGCCGUACGCACUGCCGCCGCUGGGCCGGCGCCGCUUCCAGCUGGCCGAGCCGCCGCGCGCGCUCUCCAGCUGCUGGAGCGGCGUGCUGGCAGCCGACGGGCCGGCCGGCGCGUGUCCGCACCUGGCCUCCGACGGCUCGCCGGCCGGCGGCCCGGAGGACUGCCUCACCGUCGACAUCUUCACGCCACGCGUCAGCUUCGACGCGCCGCUACCGGUGGUGGUGUACGUCGGCGGCGACACGCUCAGCAGCCAGACGCCGGACACGCUGCAGCCAUCGGCGCGGCUGGCGCGCCAGCAGGGCGUGGUGUUCGUGCUGGUGCGCGUGCGCCGCGGCGUGCUCGGCUUCCUGGCGUCGGACGUGCUGUCGCGCUCCUCGCACCCGCACGCCUCGGGCAACUACGGCCUCUCCGACCUGGUGACGGCGCUCGAGUGGCUCAACCUGAACGCCGAGCACUUCGGUGGCUCGCCGGCGCUGGUGACGCUGCUCGGGCACCAGUCGGGCGCCACGCUGAUGACGCUGCUCACCACCAUGUCGCGCACCAAGUCGCUCUACACGAACAUGUGGCUGACGGGCGGCUCCGGCUACCUCGACAACUUCACCAUGCCCGACUUGGCCAUGGCAUCGGAAAACAACGCCCAGUUCCUGUCGUACGUUGGCUGCGAAGAUGCGCGCUGUCUGCGCAACAAGACGGUGCAGGAGCUACUGACGGCCGUUCCCAGGGUGUGGCACCGCAUCCCCACGGGUCUGCCGCGUCUGAACGAGCCGCGCCACAACUGGCUGGUGCGCGACGGCUACCUGGUGCGCGAGAGCGUGACGGACGCCUGGGCCGAGUCGCAGCGGCGUCGGCCUGCGCUGCCCGAUCCCCUGAUCGUCAUCGGCGCCAACGCGCAGCAGGACGGCGCUGACGACCUUUUCGCCGUGCGCGACUGGAACGUCAGCUCGGUGGCCGAGUCUUACGUGGCCACCACGCUCGGCACCUUCCCCGGAGGGCUGCGGAGCCGCGCCACGGCCCUUUACCUGCGGCCGGGCACCGACCCCUGGAGCCAGAUCGCCACUAUGGUCAGCGACGUCAGGACCGUGUGUCCUCUGCUGGCGGCCGCGCGCCAGGCCUCCAGCCACUUCACCAACCGCGUCUACUUCUAUCUGGCGGCCCAGAAACGGCUCGGCAGCACGGGCUACAUUGCCGACAGCAGGUCCGACAUCGAGGCCAUCUUGGGCGUGUACCGGCCGGCCACGGCAGAGCAGCGCCGCUUCGUCGACAACAUGCAGAGCAUGUUCUACCGGUUCGUGCGCGAGGGCCGGCUACCGCUGGACGCCACGGCCGGCAGCAAGAUGUACGUCGUCGACGACGGCAUCGGCACGGUGGAUGGCCACCCGAGCUGCCGGCUGUGGGACCAGAGCGGGUUGUACCCGCAGUACGCGCGUCGCGACUGAGCCGCCGCUCGGGUCGGCAGGCACGACCGCUCGCUGGCUGUGUGUGCGCGUGUGGUGCGGCGUGCGGACGGACUCGGUGGCUAGCCGUCGCGCCGGCCGCGGGCGCGACGGCGGUCGGCCGCCGGGGACGGCAGCGGUGGGCCCGCCGCACACUGGAGACUGGCAAGCGAAUCGUUCUAUGAGUAUCUUCUUCCUUGCGCAUAUAUCCUUGAAUACUUGGAUGUUGUGGCAAAUUAGUCAUUGCUACAAUACUGCAAAUGGUAUUAUACGAGGCUCGGGUCAGCCACGCCUGCUCGUUAACAUAGGAUGCGGAAGGCCGACCGAUGGCAGCAGGAGCUAGACGCCACCUGCCAGACUUCACCGCCGUCCUACGCCCGUUGCUUAUUCGUCCGCCAGACUGCACCUGGCGGUCCGCCUGACCGACUGCAGUGCCGCCUGACUGUCCACCCGUCAGCCUGCAGUGCCACCCGGCAGGAUGUAGUGCCGCUGCCCCCCCCCCCCCCCCCGACGGGCAAGAUAGAGUGCCGCCGAAUAGUAUGUGCGUCAGGCUGCGGAGGCAGCGGGGCUUAUACCGACCACUUCGAUGUUCUGCACUCAACGCCGCUGUUCCUGGGUCUGGGACGUCGUGCCCGAGUGUACAUACACGAUCGCGAUGU